GCGGAAGCGCGGCCGCCGCUGCUGGGCCCAGCGCCCAGGCCCGGCUCCUCGCUGCCGCCGCCGCAACGGAACGAGGCCGGGAACGGCGCCGCCCGCCCCUGCCGGGGGCUCGGCCGCCCGGAACAGCUCCGUAGGGCGCCGGGGGCUGGCGCGGCCAUGACGAGGGGCGGGGCCACGUGGCGGCGGGUUGGCCUGGGGGCGUGGUCAUGUGGAUGGGCGGGGCUAAGGUCGGUGGGCGGGGCUUAGCCACCUGGGCAGCGCAUGCGCGGUGCAUCGCUAUUCCCCCGCGGCGGGUCGGGGAGGACUGACGUCAGUCCUCCGUGCGGAGGGCGGGGCGCGGUGCACGCCGGGAAGCCGCCGCCCAAGAUGGCGGCAGGAUUGAAAAGUUGUUGGUGUCGCUGAGGCGGGUCCGGGCGGGCUGCGGCCGCGAGCGGGAGCCGGGCCUCGGGCGGCGCCUAUGGUCGCUGCCACGCCGUGAGCCCGGGCUCCUGGGCCCCGCCGCGCACCGAGCACCAGCGAGCACGGCCGCUGCGGGGAUGCCCCGUGGGGGGCCGGGGCCGCCGCCGCCGGAGACAUGGAGGAGGAGGGCAAGAAAGGCAAGAAGCCUGGAAUAGUGUCUCCUUUCAAACGAGUCUUCCUGAAGGGUGAAAAAGGGCGAGAUAAAAAAGCCCAGGAGAAGGUUACAGAGAGGCGGCCUCUGCACACGGUGGUGGUGUCCCUGCCUGACCGCGUCGAACCAGAUGUGCUGCUGAAUGACUAUAUCGAGAAAGAAGUGAAGUAUUUAGGUCAACUCACAUCCAUCCCAGGGUACCUGAAUCCCUCCAGCCGCACGGAGAUCCUGCAUCUGAUCGAUAAUGCAAAGAGAGCACACCAGCUCCCAGGGCAGCUGACCCAAGAACACGAUGCUGUCAUCAGCCUCUCUGCCUACAACAUCAAGCUGGUGUGGAGGGAUGGAGAAGAUCUCAUCCUCAGGGUCCCCAUCCAUGACAUCGCAUCCGUUUCCUACAUCCGAGAUGACUCCUCUCACUUGGUCGUGCUGAAAACAGCUCAGGACCCUGGGAUCUCCCCAAGCCAGAGUCUCUGUGCUGAGAGCUCCAAAGCGCUUACUUCGGGCUCGCUGUCUGAGAGUGGGGUGGUUCCUGUCGAAGCUUGUUGCUUGGUGGUCCUGGCUACAGAGAACAAAGUGACUGCCGAGGAGCUGUGCUCACUUCUCAGCCAAGUCUUCCAGAUUGUUUACACUGAGUCCACGAUAGACUUCUUAGACAGAGCAAUAUUUGAUGGGGCCUCCACACCGACACGGCACAUGUCCUUACACAGUGAUGACUCUUCUACAAAAGUGGAUGUUAAGGAAUCUUACGAAACAGAAGCAAGCACUUUUUCUUUUCCAGAAACCUUGGAUGCAGGCGACAACUCCCCCUCUUCCUUCUCCAUGCAACAGUCUCCACACAUUAAGACAGUCAGUGAGAGCGAGCUGAGCACCACAGCGACAGAGCUGCUCCAGGACUACAUGAUGACGCUCCGAACUAAACUCUCGUCCCAAGAGAUCCAGCAGUUUGCAAUGCUCCUGCACGAAUAUCGCAACGGGGCUUCAAUCCAUGAAUUCUGCAUCAACUUGAAGCAGCUCUAUGGGGACAGCAGGAAGUUCCUGCUCCUGGGUCUUCGCCCCUUCAUCCCUGAGAAGGACAGCCAACACUUUGAGAACUUCCUGGAGACCAUUGGGGUGAAGGACGGCCGGGGCAUCAUCACAGACAGUUUUGGGAGGUACAGGCGGACUCUGAGCACCACCUCCAACUCCACCACCAACGGCAACGGCGCUGCCGGCAGCUCGGACGACCAGUCCGUCCCUUCUGAGGAGGACGAGUGGGACCGGAUGAUCUCGCACAUCAGCAACGACAUCGAAGCCCUGGGGUGCAGCAUGGACCGCGAUUCCUCCUGAGGGCCACCGGGGGGAGCACGGAGACACCCCACAGCGGCGCCGGGAUCUUCACCCUCCUUCUGGAAGAGGUUUUGGAGCUCCAUCAGGAUGCAGUUACUCUCCCAUCCUCGUUCACAGCUCCAAGGGGCAGCUGGUGCCCUCUUACCAUGGAGGGCCCCGGGGCAGGAGCCCAGCCUGCGGCCAUCUCCGGUUUGGUUUCACUGGUGCAGCGGGGAGACAGGUCGCCUACAGCCCUCUGCCUGGUUUACAGUUUUGCACAUGGUAUCCCUAUUGUAACUGCUCUCCUCCUCCUCCUCUUCUUCCUCCCCCUGUUUUUGAAUGAAGUUUACCACAAUGUGAAUUAUUUAAACCUGGUGUUGAUGUUGUCGAAACAUUUCGGCUCCAGCCCCACAGGAGAAGCUGUCGAUGCCCCUGCUGCUGUUGCCCGGCCUGAAAACCCCACCAUGUCCCCCCAGCUCUGCUCAGGAAUACCAGGAGGCCCCAGGAGGGACAGGGGGGCACACAGCAGAUGUUUUCCCCACCAGCAGGCUCCUGUGUGCCCAUAGACCCCCGUGUCUGCUACAGCAUUGCCUUCCUGCCAAGCACAAAGCUUUGCCCCGUGAAACCGCCCGACUCAAGUCUGAGGAACCCCAUGGUCUUCCCUGGCACCCAUCCUGGGGUGCAUGCUGGCUUCUGGGGCUCCCUGGGGACCGUGCCAUCCCUGAGGGCCACCACCAGGAUGGGGGAGCUGACCCCAGACCCAACCCAGGAAGACUGGGGAGGAAGGGCUGUGGGGGGUGUACAUGUUGUACAUGUUUUAUAUACAGUUAUAAAUACACACUUAUUUUUUUAAUCGGAAUGCCCAUGCAGAGGGAGAGGAGCCGUCUGCAGGGGCACCAGAGAAGGGUGCAGGGGGGUCCCUAGUCGUCCUAGAGGAAGGACAGGGCUGGAAGAGGGAUGGGACAUCCUGGGCGAGGGCAGAUGCUGGCUCCGCAGUUUGAGGGAUCAGGCCUUCCCCCCCAGUGCCUUUAACCCCUGCACUGCCCUUACAGCCCCCCAGGGCCCUCCUCCAGCCCCCUUCCUGUCCAUCCCAGGCAGAGACCAGCCUUCAUCCUUCCAUCCUCUCCCUCCUCACCUUGCUCUGGCCAUUCCUUACCUGCCCUUCCCAGGAUCACAGGUGCCGGCCCUCGGUACGAUCUGGCACGGAGUCACCAUCCCACCCCACAGUAGGCUGGGGUCAAGGUGACCCCAAUUCUGCUCCAGGGGCAGUCCUCACAGCCCAAAUCCUUCUUUCUCCUUAACUCGUGGGGUACAAAGCCACAUCUCCCCAGUGCCAGGCUGGGAUACAGCUGGCCCUUUCUCUUCCAGUUUAAAGGCUGAAAAGAGCAGGAGCAAAGGGUCCUAAGCACACAUCUUCCAGCAGCAGGAGGACAGGAUUUAGCCAGGACAUACCCAUCCCGGAGAGCAUCUUCCCUGGAAACAAGCUGUGAUGAAGAACCUCAAGGUUUCCUCCUGCCCUGUGUUUUUGCCAUCCACCAAGGGAAAGGGAGAUGAAGGUCCCAGCUCCAUCCAUAGGGUCCCUUAGUGUCAGGGACUGAGAUCUUCCUCCUGCUCCUCAAGCCCAGGAGGCAGCAGCGUGGGGCUGGAGUUGUUUUAGUGCCUUUUUAUGAUUUACAGAUUAAAAACCAAAUUGCACAUGUGGAUGUUCAAGUCAACAAAGAACUUCAGGAGAUUUGGAAGACAAAACACACCCUAUUUUUGACAUGAUUGUGUAUGGAGAGGUUGAAAACAAGCUGUAACCACUCGCAGUGGGUUAUUUCAAUACUCCAAUGGGACUUAAACCUGGGAAUAACCUGGGAUGUGGCGUUCUGGGAGCCAAGGGGGUUUUCCUGCCUCCAUUUCCCCAUUGGUGGCACCGGGAGGCCGCGUGUGUCUGCUUUCUGUACGGAGUGUUGUUACAGGUGAAUACAGUUCUGCACCCGA